CAAGAGAGAAAAAGAAAAAGACCCGCCUCUUAAGUUGACAGCACCCUUCCUGGAGCACAGUUAGACGCUGCAGAGCUGCCAUCGUACGCACUAUGAUGAAGUGUACCUUGAUAACAGCUUUAAUCAUCUGCAGCCUCAGCUGGAUCUCUGUCUCAGCUGCUGAUUCUCAGACUGUGGAGGUCCAGUCUGGUAAAGAAGUCUCUCUCACAUGCUCUGAGAAGUCCGACUCUCCAACAGUGUGGUUCAGAGUGGUCAACAGAACCAAGGCCAGCUGGAUCUCCACUAUGAUCACCUCUACCAGCGAUCCUUCAUACUGUGAUGGAUGUGAAAAUGGAGCAUUUGAAAUGAGUUCCAACACCUCCACUGCCUCUCUCAAAAUGAAGAAAGUGAAUGUAUCUGACUCUGGACUAUAUUUCUGUGUUGUUUUGACACAGAAAACAGUUUUCAGCACCACACAUUUAAAUGUUCCAGGCAGUGAUGAACCUCAUGAUGAUGUUGACAGAAAGCCUAAAAAGUCUGAUGAUGUAACAAAGCUGAUGAGUGUGAUCCUGGGCGGUCUGACUGCUGUUCUCCUAACAGUCAUCAUUGGUCUGGUUGUUACAAUCAGGAAACUUCAGAAAGCUUUCAGUGAAAAACAGAAUCCACCACAGCGUGAGAAUCCGGGCUCUGAUGAUCUGAACUACGCAGUAGUGAAUUUCUGUCAAAAAGGAAGAAGAAGAGAAGUGGAGCAGAAUGUUGUGUAUUCUUCUACUAGAUAGGAAGAUCAGGAAGCAACCUGAGGUGUUGUUCAGAGUAAAACUGAUGCUUUGACAUAUUAAUCUGCAGAUGUGCUUUUGUGUUGGUGGUGGACUUACCAUUACUGUGUCAAAAGAAAAAGAAAUGUGAAGGCCUAUUCCUAGUAAUGUGUUCUAUUCCUGUUCCUCUUUUGAAAGAUGUAAUCAGAGUACAUCAAUACAGAAAGUAGAUAUUUUGAAUAUUGACUUAAUACUGUGAGUGUCUAUACUGGUAUGAGGAAUAAAAAUACAAAGAUGCAGCAGCCAUCCAGCUUUAUGUUUCUUUUCAUGUACUGUACAUGUAACAAGUCUACUGUCUACUGUGGUAAGAAAACAGUGCUGUGGGUACCAGCCUAAAGAGAAGUCUCAGCCACAGGAGGACUGGCCUACAGCUGAGUUCUAUUUAUUUCAGCGUGUUACUUUUGUAAUGUAGCAUCAGCUGCAAAGCAAACUUUGUACAUACAUAGUUGGCUGCAGGCAAACCAUUCAACUUUGUGAAUUAGUGUGUUCAACUUGUUAACUUUGUUACUUAGGAGGGCUUUUGAACCAGUUUUGAGUUUGUGAAUAUAAGUCUGUAUCGUAGUGUACUUUAUAGUGUUAUUAGUUGGUUUUCUGGUACUCUUUUGUUCGGUCACUAUAGAGCUCUUCUAAGCAGUUUAAGUAGGAGUGAGGAGCCCUGUUUGUUUGGCAUUGUUAUGUGUUUUUUUUCUCUUGUUUAAUAUUUUAUGAGUCUAGGUGAGAAACUUGUCUUUUGUUUAAUGGGUUUUUUAUGUUAGGUAAGUUUGGGCCAAUAACUCGGGCCAGUAAC